AUGGCUAAUCCCAGGGACAGAAUCUCAAUGUUGCCAACCAACUUAUUAUGCUGCAUCAUCUCCCUAUUGCCCUUCAAUGAAGCGGUAAGAACCUGCAUUCUCUCCAAGCGCUGGUAUCACGUUUGGCGCUCUAUGAAGAACAUUGAGUUUCUUGAGAGUUUCUUUGUCAAAAUUGACGAUCCUGAAGAGACCAAGGAGGUUCAGAGAAGGAAUUUCUUUGAUUUUAUACGUCAAUGGAUGGGAAACUAUUAUGAAACAGAUGUAAAUUCAUUCUGUCUGACGUUCUCUAAGCCUGGAAAUUUUCCUGUGGACGUUGAAAACUGUACCAGAUUCGCAAUUUCUCACAAUGUCAAGGAAUUUGGCCUUGAUUUUCAUGACCCCUCGUGGAGAGAAGACGAUGUUGAAGAUCAUGAAGCAGUGUUUGACUUGCCAAUGCGUAUGUAUAGCCACAAGGGUCUUGAAUCUUUGAAGUUGUUUUCAUGCAAUUUUGUGUCGAAAGAGUUUAAAGUUUUCAGUGCAUUGAAGCAACUUUCUUUUGGCUGGAUGGAAUUGAAUUUGGAUUCUAUCAAGUUCUUGUUGGAGCAUUGUCCAUCGUUGGAGAGUUUGAGUUUGAAGAAAUGUUGGAAUAUUGAUCAUCUUGACAUUUCUGUGCCCAAUCUAAGGCUUCAAAGCCUGGUUCUUGAUAAGUGCCGUUUUCUGAAACCUGUGUUCCUGAUUGAGGCACCAAAUUUAAGGUUGUUCAAGUAUAAUGGGACAGUAGGCCAUUUUCACUUUGAGAGACAACGUUCCAUGGUUGAAGCAGACCUAGACUUCUCACUUGAGACGGAAUUUGAAGAAACUGGUCAAACUCUUUAUGAACUCUUGCAACAGCUUUUUCCUGUUAGAGUUUUGACAGUUUGCAGUUACAUGCUUCAGGUUGUUCCCCAUGGGGAGGAGCCAUUGGGAUUGUCAUCUCCACUGAAUGUAAACCGUCUCACUUUGAACACCGCCGUGCACUCGAAUGAAUUCUGCGGAAUCAAGUUCAUGCUCCAGAGUUGUCCUCAGUUACAGACUCUCACAAUCAACAUUGUCCCUGCUAAAAUUUUUCCUGAUUAUGUUGCUCCAUAUGAGUUUAACCCUCAGGAAUUUUGGACCAAGAACCUGGUAAUUUACAGGUGCAUUAAAGAAAGUCUUAGGGUUGUUGAGGUCAAGGGUUUCAAAGGAACAGUGAAUGAAUUAUACAUUCUGCAAUAUCUGGUGCGAUUUGGACCACUCUUGCAGCAACUCAAUCUCUAUCUUUCAGAGGAAGUUGAUGAUAAUGGUGGCAACAGGGAAGCAUAUCUACAAAGAGCUCAGAGGGUGCAGCAGUUCAUAAAAGCCUCAAAUUAUCUGCUAAUAUCAAUUUACUAGAGAAAUGCAAAUGCUUUCCCUCAGUGUGAUGUUCCUUGGUAGCUAGCAAGUACAUAAUAUAUAGGAAUAAUAGAGCUACCCACCCCUUUGUCUUGUACUUGCUUUUAAUAAACUAUAAUAAUGUAAUGGAUUGAGUUUAUGCCA